AUGAGGGGAUGGAAGAGGCGACCCGAAAAACAAAGUCAGGAGAGAACCCUAAUGCGAGAGGGAGAAUCACCGUAUCAAGAUAGAAAGGGAGGUGCAACCGGGUUUCCAGGAGACGGAGCCGGGACCUUUCUCGCUAUUCCGAUGAGGUUAUCAAGCAAGAUGUCUGAUUGUCAACUCCCUUAUGAUGAUAUAGAAUUUCAAAGAAGCAAAGAUACUUUGACUAAGGAAAAGAUGGCCAAUAUUGAUGAUGUUAUUGUAGUUAAUGAUGAAGAAGAGAAUGCACAUGUAAAUGAAACAACUAAUAGAGUUGAACAACAAAACAAUGAUGAAGAAGAUGCCCCAUACACUAAAAGGAAAAGAAGAAAGACAUCAAAUGCUUGGGUACAUUUUCGUACAAUAAGUAAUGCAAGUGGAAGCGAAGUCCCGCAAUGUAUACAUUGUGGAGAGAAAUUAAAGAAGCUCAAAGAUGGAACCACCACACCAUUACUUAGGCAUAUUAACACUAGUUGCCCGAAACUGAAAGCCGUCAAUAAAGGUCAGUUAAAGUUAAAUGUUGGCUUUGGAAAUUCAACAGAAUCUUCAUCAUUGAUUCAAAAUUGGAAGUUUAGCAAUGCUAGGAUGAGAGAGGUUAUUUCUCAUAUGAUUAUGGUUCAUGAAUUGCCAUUUAAUUUUAUUGAGUAUGAAUUGUUUAAUAUGCUGAUGAAAGAAGCUAAUCCGGCUUUUAACAAGAUAUCGCGUGCAUCAAUUCGACAAGAUUGUAUUUCUAGUUACGAAAUUGGAAAGAAAAGAACCCAGAAGCCGUUAAACACCGUAAAUCGUGUGAGCAUUACAACUGAUAUGUGGACAUCAGUUCAAAAUAUCCAUUACAUGGUAGUGACAUGCCACUUUGUAGACUUGGAGUUUAAUCUUCACAAAUCCAUAUUAAGUUUUGUUGAUGUUCCGCUACCGUACUCUGGAGUACGUAUCUAUGAUUGUUUGUUCAAGUGUUUAAAAGAUUGGAAUAUUGAGACGAAAGUGGCCACUUUGACUGAUUAG